AGGAGGAGGAGGAGGAGGAGGUGGUAGUAGCAGGUGGAGGAGGGGGGAGGAAGAGCAGCAGGGCGGAGGAGGACACCCGCUCCAGCCCUGCCUCCUCCCCGCCUGCGAGCACACGGCAGCCGGGCGUGCACACGCAGCAACAAAGGGACACUCGGUGCGACUGUGACAUCAAAUGAUUGCAAUUCAAGACAACUUUCAAUCUUUUUUUUCCCCCCCACACACACACGUUCUGCUUACAUCUCGCAGGGUGUAAAAGCACCGCCAAACAUGGAACUGGAGCACUUUGACGAGCGUGACAAGGCGCAGAGGUAUGCCCGCCGGGGCUCCAGGGGCAACGGGCUCCCCAGUCCCACUCACAGCGCCCACUGCAGCCUGUACCGAACCAGGACGCUGCAGGCGCUGAGCUCGGAGAAGAAGGCCAAGAAGGUUCGCUUCUACCGCAAUGGGGACCGCUACUUCCAAGGGAUCGUGUACGCCAUUUCCCAGGACAGGUUCCGCUCCCUGGACGCGCUCCUGGCCGACCUCACGCGAGCGCUCUCGGACAACGUCAACCUACCGCAAGGGGUUCGGACCAUCUACUCAGUUGAUGGGAUGACGAGGAUCACUGGCAUGGAGCAGCUCGUGGAAGGAGAAAGCUAUGUGUGUGCCUCCUUUGAGCCCUACAAGAAGGUGGACUACACCAAGAACGUCAACCCCAACUGGUCAGCCGGCGCCUGGACCGCCGUCGCGUGCCCCCGCGACCCGCCCUCCCUCGGCAGCGCCAGGGUCGGCUCGCCGGAGACCCGGGAGAGCAAGGACUUCAUCAAGCCCAAACUGGUGACCAUAAUCCGCAGCGGCGUGAAGCCCCGCAAGGCCGUGCGCGUCCUGCUCAACAAGAAGACGGCGCACUCGUUCGAGCAGGUCUUGACGGACAUCACCGACGCCAUUAAGCUGGACAGCGGCACCGUCAAAAGGCUGUUCACGGUGGACGGGAAGGCGGUUACGUGCCUUCAGGACUUUUUUGGAGAAGAUGACAUCUUCUUCGCUUGUGGGCCUGAAAAAUACCGCUACCAAGAUGACUUGAGUUUGGACGAACGUGAUUGCAGGGUGGCCAAGUCGGCCUCCUACGGUCGACUUCCCUCGGUGCACGGUCGCUGUUCUCCCAGAAGCGGCGGAAUGUCUCGCAGGAGCAAGUCACCCUCGUCGACCGGCUCAGCUAACGGGACUGCAGGCAGUCAGCUGUCCACCCCUCGAUCGGGAAAAUCACCUUGCCCCUCUCCCACCAGUCCUGGCAGCCACAGGAGACGGCAGCACAGCGGCUCGUCCCUCUCGUUGGCUUCCACCAAGGUGUGCAGCUCCAUGGACGAAGGAGACGGACCCAGCAGCGAAGCUGAGCCCAUGGACGAGUACCCCGUCCCCGCCUCCAUCGCGGAGCGCUACAAAGUGGGCCGGACUUUAGGCAGCGGCAACUUCGCUGUUGUGCGAGAGUGUGUUGAGAGAUCCACGGGAAGAGAAUACGCCCUGAAGAUCAUCAGCAAGGACAAAUGCAGAGGAAAGGAGCACAUGAUCCAGAGCGAGGUGUCCAUCCUUCGCCGUGUCAAACAUCCCAACAUCGUGCUGCUCAUUGAAGAGAUGGACACCGGGAAUGAGAUUUAUCUCGUCAUGGAGUUAGUCAAGGGGGGCGACCUGUUUGACGCCAUCACCUCGUCCAGCAAAUACACAGAGCGCGACGCCAGCUGUAUGCUCUUCAACUUGGCCAGCGCCAUCAAGUACCUGCACGGCCUCAACAUCGUCCACAGAGACAUCAAACCAGAAAACCUGCUGGUUUACCAACAUCACGACGGCAGCAAAUCUCUGAAGCUGGGCGACUUUGGCCUGGCCACCGUGGUCAACGGUUUCCUGUACACGGUGUGCGGCACGCCCACGUACGUGGCGCCGGAGAUCGUCGCCGAGAAGGGGUACGGCCUCAAGGUGGACAUUUGGGCCGCGGGUGUUAUCACUUACAUCCUGCUGUGUGGUUUUCCGCCCUUCAAUUGCAAGGGCGACGACCAAGCCGUUCUCUUUCAAGAGAUCCUGAGGGCCGAGCCGGAGUUCCCCGCGCCGCACUGGGACAACGUGUCGGACUCUGCCAAGGCUCUCAUCGCCGGCAUGCUGCGGGUGGACGUGGACCGACGACUCUCGGCCGCGCAGGUGCUGGAGCACCCGUGGGUGAAUGAGGACGGCGUGUCAGAGAACCAACGGCAGCUGCCGGUGGCCGUCAGGAUCAAGAAGAACUUCAACACCGGACCCAAGGGCAGCGGCACUACAGCAGGCGUGAUGCUCAUCACAAACACGCCGCUGGACAAGGAGAAGCAAGUUUUCCGUCAAAGACAACAACAUCCCAACUUCCCGCACGGGGCUCGCUCGUCCGCGUCGUCCGCGUCCCCCCGCGGCUCCGACCCCGUGGUCCUGUCCCCCGCCGACUUCACGUCCGAGUCGGACGACUGUUCUCCGGGUUCGGCCGACACGGUGCGCUCCCCCGUGUCUCCGUUCUAAGCGCGUGCCGGGACGCCCGCCGUCUGCUCACCGCUGACUUUGGUGAGCUACGAACUGAACAGCAGUUGACCAGCCAAGAUUGUCUUUUUUUCCAAAUCAUUUUUGUGUCAUUGCUGAAGAGCAUGCUCGCAUACUGUUAGCCUAAUAGCAUAUUUGGGUAAGUCAUAUUUAGCAAGCACAUUGGUAUCUUUAUUGAUAUCGUAACCGUAAGAUAAAAAUGACAUAGGCAACUAUGCUAUGAGGCUAACAACAUGUUAUUCUGCUCUAAAAAAUUAAUUAUUUUUAGGAUUAUUCCACCAAUUUCUGCUAUCUAUUUCUUCCACAUUUCUCCAUGUAUUAAAACCAUUCCAUCUUCAAAAUAUUCCCACUUCAUUCAGGACAUCUAGAGAACAAGUUCCACCUUCCCCAAAUUCCCCCCCAAUUUCAUUAUUCCGCAUUUCUGGAAUGAUUCCGACUUCAACCUGUUUCCUACAUUUCCACAAGAGAGAUUUUAUAAAUUCACCGUCUUCUUCCACAUUUCCCAACCAAUUCGAAGCAUUUCAAGUCUCACAGUCAAUAUGAAUGAUGUAAUAUUUCUACCUAAAUGGCAUUCUCUGGUUUGUAUGCAUUAUUCCAUCCACUUGGGCUGUUCCACAUUCUCACAUUCAACGUUUGAGCAAUUGUGUGAACUCCACAGUGCAGUUGAGCAUCAGCUCUUCAGCAUUCACAUUCAUCAUUUCUGCAAAAAAACAAAACCCAAAACAAUGUCAUUCUCUAGAUAACAGUUGAAUUUCCAGGUUUCCCAAUACACAAAUCACUUGACUGUCGGGAGCCUUACUUCCUGCACAAGACGGUCACGAUUGUGUGCUGCGCGAACGCCAACCUGCUUCACAGAACAUUAUUUAUUGAUUGCUUUAUUUAUUUACAAACGUGCAGCAUUUUUUUCCCCCCCAGCAAGCCGUUGCCGCUUUCCCGAAGGUUCUGGUGCAAAAUGUUCAACGCAACCUUCGUUUGAAUUUGCUGCUAUAAUGUUAUCUGUACCGCGAUAUAUUUUUUCAAUCGAAUAAUGCUUGUAAUUCCGUGCUGACGGUUGACAAAGCGACAUUGUUAGAGAGCACGUGGCGCGGAUCAAAAAAAGCACAGCGUUGAGUGUGUCUGAUGGAAUAAAUAAGCGAAUGAGAUGCAACAUGAGAAUCAAAUGGAAAGCCACAUGAUUGUAGCACAGUGCUUCCAGUUAAAUAUGAUAUGUUGUUCAUUCAAAAGUCAGCAUUUAAUUUUCUUUUUCUUUUUCGGGAGGCCGUAAAGAGCACGUGUGCAUCUUUUAAACGUGUCGUUCUGACUUGCAUCAAACGUUUGUGUCCUCGGAUGUGCUUAUUUGUUGUGGUGGCGUCACGUCCGCGACGGAACGUGACGCCACUUUCUUGUUUUUAAAGGGCUGCUAAAAACGUUUGACUGAGCGAGGUUGAAACAAAUAGCACAAAUACUGAAUGAUUGUCUUUGUUUUUUGUUUUUUUUUUUCCUUUCAAUGUUCCCUCUGCAGUGACAAUAAUAUAAACGGUACUCAACAGACAGAAAAUGUCAGUUUAGUGUAACAAGACUUUAACAUGCCUGGACGUAUUAUCUACAUUCAUAAUCCAUAUUAUAACUUCAACGCAUAUGGGCUCCUUUCAAAGGGGACCUAUUCUGGAAAAUGGACUUUUGAACUGCUUGUAAACAAAUAGUUGCGUCUCUGGAGUGCCUGCUCGCCUGUCAAGUGUGAAAUUAAACAACCGAGUCAAUCUUU